AUGCGCUACGUUAACUGUGCUCCAAAGCAGAGUCAGCAGAACCUGGCGGAGUUCGUGCGCCGGGGAGCCGUAUACUACCGCACGUGCAAAGUGGUGAACGCCGCAGAGGAGCUGUUCGUGUGGUACGGUGAUGAUUUCGCCAAGCAGCUGGGUCUCAUCGGCAACGCAGGGGCACAAGACCAAGCGGCCGAAGUGGACGUCGCUGUACCACGUGAGGUCUUCUCCUGCGCCGAAUGCGGCGAUCAGUUCACAGUGAAGCAGCUGCUGGACAACCACCGGCUACGCAAGCACAUGGAAAGACCUCAAGGAAAGCACCAAUGCGCCCGCUGCGCUUACUCGAGCAACAGAAGGGGCGAUGUCACCAGGCACCAGAGAACGCACACUGGCGAGCGGCCAUUCGUGUGCCACGUCUGCGACAGGGGCUUCUACCGGCGAGGACAUCUCAGCAGCCACAUGGUGGUCCAUACGGGGGAGAUGCCGUACGAGUGCCAAGACUGCGGCCAGUGCUUCACGCAGGCGUCCAGCAUGGCGACUCACCGUAGGCUGCAGCACUCGUCCAGGGGCGCUCGACAUCACAUCUGCCCCGAGUGUCGAAAGGGGUUCUCAAAGAGGUCUGAUGUCAACAGACACCUGCUGAUCCACAGGGGUGAGAAGCCGUACGCCUGCUCUGAGUGCAGGAUGAGGUUCACACAGCGCGGCACUGCCAAACGACACAAACAGGUCGUCCACGACCGCCAGUACCCGCUACACUGCCCGCACUGCGGCAAGGGGCGCAUCAACAUGGGAGACCUGAGAAGACACGUGCGCGUUCGGCACAAAGACGAAUGA